CAGCGGCCGAGUUGCCCGGAUGUAGUUGGUGGAGCGGCAGCGGCGGCACCAGCGGCGGCGGCAGGAGGAGGAGGAGGAGGCGGCGGAGGAGGAGGAGGACCCGGCGGCGGCGGGGGGAGGAGGCGAGGCGGCGGCGGAGCGGGAGGAGGCGAAGGCGGAGGAGGCAGUCGCUGCGCGCGGGGCCGAGCCGGACGCGUCUUGGUGCCCCCUCCCCCGGUUCGCCGCUGCCCGGCCUGAGCCGAGCCGAGCCGAGCCGAGCGUGAGCGUGGUGCGGACGGAGGGGAUGGCCCGGGAGCGCCGGCGCCAGUGACGGGGAGGUGCUGAGCGUCGCCGAGGGCGCGCCGGGCCCUGCGCCGCCCGCCGCCUGCGCGCCCGCCCGCCGCCCGGCUCCGCGGCCGCUCCCCGUCCCCGACACACGCUCACAGGCCGGGCAUUGAUGGUAAUGUAUGCGAGGAAACAGCAGAGACUCAGUGAUGGCUGUCACGACCGGCGGGGGGACGCGCAGCCUUACCAGGCACUUAAGUAUUCAUCGAAGAGUCACCCCAGUAGCGGUGAUCACAGACAUGAAAAAAUGCGAGACGCCGCAGAUCCUUCACCACCAAAUAAAAUGUUGCGGAGAUCUGAUAGUCCUGAAAACAAAUACAGUGACAGCACAGGUCACAGUAAGGCCAAAAAUGUGCAUAUUCACAGAGUUAGAGAGAGGGAUGGUGGGACCAGUUACUCUCCCCAAGAAAAUUCACACAACCACAGUGCUCUUCAUAGUUCAAAUUCACAUUCUUCUAAUCCAAGCAAUAAUCCAAGCAAAACUUCAGAUGCACCUUAUGAUUCUGCCGAUGACUGGUCUGAGCAUAUUAGCUCCUCUGGGAAGAAAUACUACUACAACUGUCGAACAGAAGUUUCACAGUGGGAAAAGCCAAAAGAGUGGCUUGAAAGAGAACAGAGACAAAAAGAAGCAAACAAGAUGGCAGUUAAUAGCUUCCCAAAAGAUAGGGAUUACAGAAGAGAGGUGAUGCAAGCAACAGCCACUAGUGGGUUUGCCAGUGGAAAAUCUACAUCAGGAGACAAAUCGGUGUCACACUCUUGCACAACUCCUUCCACGUCUUCUGCCUCUGGACUGAACCCCACGCCUGCCCCUCCAGCCUCUGCUUCAGCAAUGCCUGUCUCUCCUGUCCCACAGUCACCAAUACCUCCAUUACUGCAGGACCCAAAUCUGCUCAGACAGUUGCUUCCUGCUUUGCAAGCCACGCUGCAACUCAAUAAUUCUAAUGUGGACAUAUCCAAGAUAAAUGAAGUUCUUACAGCAGCUGUGACCCAAGCCUCAUUGCAGUCUAUAAUUCAUAAGUUUCUUACUGCUGGACCAUCUGCUUUCAACAUAACUUCUCUGAUUUCUCAAGCUGCUCAGCUCUCUACACAAGCCCAGCCGUCUAAUCAGUCUCCGAUGUCUUUGACGUCUGACGCAUCAUCCCCGAGAUCGUACGUGUCUCCGAGAAUAAGCACACCUCAGACGAACGCAGUCCCUGUCAAGCCUCUGGCUAGUACUCCUCCUGUUGCAUCACAGCCAAAGGUUAGUACUCCGGUAGUUAAGCAAGGACCAGUUUCACAAUCAGCCACACAGCAGCCUGUAACUGCUGACAAGCAGCAAGGUCAUGAACCUGUCUCUCCUCGAAGUCUUCAGCGCUCAAAUAGCCAGAGAAGUCCGUCACCUGGUCCAAAUCAUACUUCUAGUAGUAAUGCCUCAAAUGCAACAGUUGUACCACAGAAUUCAUCUGCCCGUCCUACGUGUUCAUUAACACCUACGCUAGCAGCACACUUCAAUGAAAAUCUCAUCAAACAUGUUCAAGGAUGGCCUGCAGAUCAUGCAGAGAAGCAGGCAUCGAGAUUGCGAGAGGAAGCCCAUAACAUGGGAAGCGUUCAUAUGUCAGAAAUUUGUACUGAAUUAAAAAAUUUAAGAUCUUUAGUCCGAGUAUGUGAAAUUCAAGCAACUUUGCGAGAGCAAAGGAUACUAUUUUUGAGACAACAAAUUAAGGAACUCGAAAAGCUAAAAAAUCAGAAUUCCUUCAUGGUGUGAAGAUGUGAAUAAUUGCACAUGGUGUUGAGAACAGAACUGUAAAUCUGUUGCCCAGUCUUAACAUUUUUGAGCUGCAUUUAAGUAGACUUUGGACCGUUAAGCUGGGCAAAGGAAAUGACAAGGGGUGGGGGUCUGUGAGAUUCAAUUCAGGGGAAAGAUACAAGAUUGAUUUGUAAAACCCUUGAAAUGUAGAUUUCUUGUAGAUGUAUUCUUCACGUUGUAAAUAUGUUUUGUAGAGUGAAGCCAUGGGAAGCCAUGUGUAACAGAGCUUAGACAUCCAAAACUAAUCAAUGCUGAGGUGGCUAAAUACCUAGCCUUUUACAUGUAAACCUGUCUGCAAAAUUAGCUUUUUUAAAGAAAAAUUUGGGGGGUUAAUUUAUCAUUCAGAAAUCUUGCAUUUUCAAAAAAUUCAGUGCAAGCGCCAGGCGAUCUGUGUCUAAGGAUACAAUUUUGAACCAUAUGGGCAGUGUACAAAAUACCAUGAAACAACUGUUUCCACACUUGCACCUGAUCAAGAGCAGUGCUUCUCCAUUUGUUUUGCAGAGAAAUGUUUUUCAUUUCCCGUGUGUUCCAUUUCCCUCUGAAAUCCUUGAUCUGAUUUUAUCCAUUUUUUAAGGCUCCUCUUUUCCUCCUUUCUUAAGGCACUGUUGCUAUGGCACUUUUCUAUAACCUUUUCAUUCCUGUGUACAGUAGCUUAAAACUGCAGUGAUUGAGCAUAACCCACUUGUUUGUGUAAAUUAUUGAAAUCCAUUUGCACCCUGUAAGAAUGGACUUAAAAGUACUGCUGGGCAUGUGUGCUGAAAGUACAUUGAUGGCUCAAAUAUAAGGAGAUGGCCCAAUGAACAUGGUUGGGGGGGAAGAGGAAACAGCUAGUCAGAUGUGAAUUGUAUCUGUUAUAAUAAACAUGUUAAAACAAA